UAGGGACGAAGAACUCACUCCGCGUUUCAAGAGAGAGAAAGUAGAGACACAUCUUCAACAACUCCUCCCAGACAGGAAGAAGCGUGGAGUUGGGGGUUUUCUGCAGGGAUUCAACACGCUCUCCGCGGAGCGCGCGGGACAGGCCGGGCACGUGAACCUUCAGAGCGCGCGGAAUCCCCGGGGAGCAGGAACCAGGCCUCGGCGGCUCGGCCCCUUUGCAUCCCAGCGGCGCUUUCUCCUCCCUAGCGAAGGCCGUUCGCCCCUGCGCCUCCUUCGCCGAGAGCUUCCCAGUCCCGACGUCAGCCCCACAUGUACCAAUGAGCUGAAGAGGAGCGUAUCCCUCAGCAUAAUGCUGCAGCAGGAGGCUGGCAGCCUGCAGUUUGCAAGAUGGCCGAGCUGGAUGCUGACUUGGACCGCAUCGUCCCGUCUUCUGUCCUUCCCCCUUUCUGGGCUAAGCUAGUAGUAGGAUUUGCUUCCCUCGUGUGUUUUGCCAGGAGUUAUGAUGGCGAUUUUGUCUUCGAUGACUCUGAAGCUAUUGUUAACAAUAAGGACCUUCAGUCAGACACACCCCUGGGAGACCUGUGGCAUCAUGACUUCUGGGGCAGUAGACUAAGCAGCAAUACCAGCCAUAAAUCCUACCGGCCACUUACCGUCCUGACGUUCAGGAUCAACUACUAUCUGUCAGGAGGCUUCCACCCCGUGGGUUUCCACGUGGUCAACAUUCUCCUGCAUGGUGGCAUCUCCAUCCUCAUGCUGGACGUCUUCUCAGUACUGUUUGGAGGCCUGCAGUACACCAGUAAAGGCCGGAGGGUACACCUGGCGCCUAGAGCUUCCCUGCUGGCAGCAUUGCUGUUCGCUGUCCAUCCAGUGCACACUGAGUGUGUUGCUGGUGUUGUUGGCCGUGCAGAUCUCCUGUGUGCCCUGUUCUUUUUGUUAUCUUUCCUUGGCUACUGUCAAGCAUUUAAAGAAAGGAACAAGGAGGGAACAUACUCUUCUACCUUCUGGGUGUUGCUGAGUAUCUUUCUGGGAGCAGUGGCCAUGCUGUGCAAAGAGCAAGGAAUCACUGUGCUGGGCCUGAAUGCUGUGUUUGAUAUACUGGUGAUAGGCAAACUCAACAUUCUGGAAACUUUCCAGAAGGUACUACAUAAGGACAAGUCAUUAGAGAACACUGGUGUGCUCAGGAAUGGAGGCCUCCUCUUCCGAAUGGCCCUGCUCACCUUCGGAGGCACUGGCUUGCUUUAUGUACGCUGGAAAAUCAUGGGUACAGGUCCACCGGCAUUUACUGAGGUGGACAACCCAGCCUCCUUUGCAGACAGCAUGUUGGUUAGGGCCAUAAACUAUAAUUACUACUAUUCAUUGAAUGCCUGGCUGCUGCUGUGUCCCUGGUGGCUGUGCUUUGAUUGGUCAAUGGGCUGCAUCCCCCUCAUUAAGUCAGUUGGUGACUGGAGGGUAAUUGCUCUAGCGGCACUUUGGCUCUGUCUAAUUGGCCUAGUAUUCCAAGCUCUGUGCUCGGAAGAUAGCUGCAAGAGAAGAAUCCUUACUCUGGGUCUUGGAUUUCUUGUGAUUCCCUUUCUUCCUGCAAGCAAUUUGUUUUUCCGAGUGGGCUUCGUAGUUGCAGAGCGUGUCCUCUACCUCCCCAGCGCUGGGUACUGCAUGCUGCUGACCUUUGGAUUUGGAGCCCUAAGCAGACACACUAAGAGAAAGAAACCAGUUGCCGCCGUCAUCCUGGGCAUCCUGCUCAUCAACGCCCUGAGAUGUGUGGUCCGCAGUGGCGAGUGGCGGAGCGAGGACCGGCUCUUUCGGAGCGCCUUGUCUGUGUGUCCCCUCAAUGCUAAGGUUCACUACAACAUUGGCAAAAACCUGGCUGAUCAAGGCAACCAAACAGCAGCCAUCAGAUACUACCGGGAAGCAGUCAGAUUAAACCCCAAGUACGUUCAUGCCAUGAAUAACCUCGGGAAUAUCUUAAAAGAAAGGAAUGAGCUACAGGAAGCCGAGGAGCUGCUGUCAUUGGCUGUCCAAAUACAGCCAGACUUUGCAGCCGCGUGGAUGAAUUUGGGCAUAGUUCAGAAUAGCCUGAAACGGUUCGAGGCAGCAGAGCAAAGCUACCGGACAGCAAUUAAACACAGGCGGAAGUAUCCAGACUGCUACUACAACCUCGGGCGGCUGUAUGCAGACCUAAAUCGUCACGUGGAUGCAUUGAACGCAUGGAGAAAUGCCACUGUGCUGAAGCCAGAGCACAGCCUGGCGUGGAACAACAUGAUCAUACUCCUGGACAACACAGGUAAUUUGGCCCAGGCUGAAGCAGUCGGAAGAGAGGCGCUGGGAUUAAUUCCUAAUGAUCACUCUCUUAUGUUCUCCUUGGCAAACGUGCUGGGGAAAUCCCAGAAAUACAAGGAGUCUGAAGCUUUAUUCCUCAAGGCAAUUAAAGCAAAUCCAAAUGUUGCAAGUUACCAUGGUAAUUUGGCUGUGCUCUAUCAUCGCUGGGGACAUCUCAGCUCGGCCAAGAAACACUAUGAGAUCUCCUUGCAGCUUGACCCCGUGGCAGCAGGCACCAAGGAGAAUUACAGUCUUCUGAGAAGAAAGCUCGAACAAAUGCAGAAGAAAGACGUGUGAUCUUCCCCCAUGUUUGGAGUUUGUGUGUGUGUGCACGCGUGCGUGUGUGCAUGAGGCCUAGGUUCAGAUUGUGCGUUUGUGUUUAGCCAUUUAAAGUUCUCAGACGUUUUGUUUACUGUUAUUUUUUCUAUAUAAACGAAUACAUGCAAAAAGAUUAUAGCACCAGCAGUAUACUCCCGAAUGCUUGAUAGCAUUUUUGCAUUGAAAAUGUAUUUUUUCAGAUCACCCAAAUGUAAUUCUAAAAUCCCAAAAAUGAAGCCCUUUUUUUUUCUUUUUAAACUAAACAGAAAAAGGAGAAAAGUUAUCUUGAGCAACUUUUACUCAUGUUAAACCUGCAUUUGGGGUAUAUGACUCUCAUGGUGAGUUGGAGUGACCUAGACAUGACUGACUCCCACAAUUUACACAAGCAUCAAAUGUAUCUGUAUAUUAGCAUGUUUAUUUAAUGACAAGAAAGAGUAAAUUAAGAUUUAGGGUUUUUUUUAAGUCUCUUGCAACAGUAUAACUUGGAGUUUGUAAGAAAUCAUUCACUUUUUGUGUUGAACAGGAUAAAUAAUUGAAUGAAGAAGGGGAAUUUUUAACAUCUGAUAUGUCUGUAUAUUUUUUUCUUUCAUAGGAAGAUAUUGACACUUGUGGGAGGUAUGUGUUCCAACAUGUAUGAUGUUAGCACACAGGAUAAUAUUCUACAGAAAGCUGCCAUUGGGUAGAGUACUCCUGCCGUGCUUAGGCAAAGGCAGGUACCCUGACAUCUUGGUUUCUGUUCUGUCCAGUGUUCAGAGGGCUACGUGUUUAUGUACAUUGUGUUUUCAUGUUUUUAGUGGUGAAGUGGGUUUCCAUUUCACAUAAUGUACCUACAGACAUUAUUAUAUCCAGAAAAUGCAAAAAAGAAGUAAAUCUUCUUACAAAAGAAGUAAUAGUUCUGGAUUGUGUGGUGGUCUUAAAAGUUGAGUUGUUUUUCAUUGUCUUAUUAGAUCUCAACAGUUUGUUUACUUGGUUUGUUCUUUAUAUACAGUUGACCUAAUAAUUUAUGCAAUCUCUGUAAUUUCUACUACAGUAAAAUUAUCACACAAACUGGCA